CUACACAAGACAAAUUUAUAAAUACGUCAAGAAAAGCCCAAAGAAAAAGGUGUUUAGCUGCCAAGAGCUACCUACCAAAAUAAGGCAUACGUGGCGAGCCUGCGGCUACUUUCUCCGCAGCCCAGCGCUCAACACAGUUUUCAUUACGUCGCCUGAGCUGGUUGGGGGUGUUGUGUGUUGUGUGAUAGUCCGCAUUACGGAAAAAAGCACCUGCGAGUGCGAAGAUGAAAGCAAAAACUACGAAAAGUUCAGAUGGUGAUCCUGUGAGCAUAUCUAAAUGGAUUCAUAAAUUCAGGCAAAGCAAGGAUGAUCAUACGUGGUGGACUACUUUUGGUCUCAUACUCUGUUUGACUAUGGCAACAAGGCUCUAUCGCCUUGAUUCACCAGAUCAUGUUGCAUGGGAUGAAACUCACUUUGGAAAAAUGGCUAGCUGGUAUAUCAACAGAACAUUUUUCUUUGAUGUUCAUCCUCCAACUGGAAAGAUGCUCAUUGCUGCCUUUGGUUAUCUGACUGGCUAUGAUGGGAAGUUUGAGUUUGAAAAACCAGGACAGAAGUUCAAUGAAACACACUACUUGGGCAUGAGAUUUGGCUGCACGAUGAUGGGCGCUGCGCUGGUGCCGAUGGCCUUUAUCACCGUGUGGGAGCUGACUCACGCGCUGCCAGCCGCUACGUUCGCCGCCGCCGCCAUCCUGUUCGACAACGGUAUGGUGACGCUGAAUCAGUAUAUCCUGCUGGAUCCCAUUCUCAUGUUCUUCAUCAUGGGCGCGGCGAUGGGUCAGAGCAAGUUCUACAACCAGCGACACAACCCAUUCACCGUCUCCUGGUGGAGCUGGAUGGCGUUCACGGGCGCCAUGCUGGCCGGCGCCAUCUCCGUCAAGUUCGUCGGCCUCUUCGUGGUCGUGCUGGUCGGCCUGUACACCAUCAAAGACAUCUGGGACAUCCUCGGCGACCUCUCGCACCCCAUCACCUACACGGUGAAGCACUUCCUGGCGCGCGCGCUGUGUCUGAUCCUGCUGCCCACGGUGUUGUACAUGUUCGCCUACUACGUCCACUUCACGGUGCUCUCCAAGUCGGGCCCGGGAGACGGCCACUUCGGCUCGGCCUUCCAGAGUCAGCUGGAGGGGAACUCGCUGCACAACGCCAGCAUGCCCAGGGAGAUCUGUUACGGCGCCGGUGUGACCCUGAAGAACCACCGAACGGCCGGCGCCUACCUCCACUCCCACCCCCACCUCUACCCCCCGGAGGCGGGUCCCGUUCAGCAGCAGGUCACCACCUACUCACACAAGGACUACAACAACAUCUGGCUGGUGAAGCGCUAUGACGUGGACAUGCCUUCGGAGGAGGAGGAAGCCCAGCCCGACUUCAAACCCGAGUGUGUCAAAUCGGGUGACCUGAUCAGGCUGGAGCACGAGGCCACGUCACGGAACCUGCACAGUCACCGGCACCCGGCGCCAGUCACCAAACGACACUUCCAGGUGUCAGGUUAUGGCGAGAACGGCACUGGCGACAGCAACGACGUGUGGCGUAUCGAGCUGGUGGACGGCAAGGAGGGUGACCAGAUUAACGUGGUGACGGACCGGUUCCGUCUCAUCCACUACAUGGUGGGCUGUGCGCUCUUCUCACAUAACAAACAGCUGCCCAAGUGGGGAUACGAGCAGCAAGAGGUCACGUGCAACCCCAACACACGCGCCGAGUUCGCGCUCUGGAACUUCGAGGAGAACUACUAUGAUAAAUUGCCGAAUGUCAGUUUUGCCAUUUACCAACCGAGUUUCCUGGAGAAGUUCUUCGAGGCGCACAUGGUUCAGUUCCAGGGUAAUGCUGGAUUGAAGCCUAAGGAAGGCGAGGUCACCUCGCGACCGUGGCAGUGGCCCAUCGAUUAUCAGGGUCAGUGGUUCAGUAUCGGCGACCCCGACAAGCGGGAGCCGGGGCCGCACAAGGACCACGAGAUCCGCAUCUACAUGAUGGGCAACCCGGUCAUCUGGUGGGGUAACCUGGGCUUCAUCGCGCUCUACGCCGUCAUUUACGUGUGGAACUUUGUCAGCUCUGCGCGCGGCGUCAGGGAGUCGGCGCAGGAGAGGGUGCGUAAGGCGAACCUGACUUACGCGUGCAACUGGCUGAUGCUGGCCUGGGCGCUGCACUACUUUCCCUUCUACGGGAUGGGCCGCAUCCUCUACUACCACCACUACUUCCCGGCACAGCUCUUCAUCUCUAUGAUGUCCGGCGUUCUCGUCAACUACAUGCUGGAGAGUCUGCCACGCGCGGUGCCCUCGUUCCGGGUGGACCAGACCUGGACGGCGUUCGCAGUCGUCUACCUGUCCAUCCUGACCUACAGUUUCUACCUGUUUGCACCGCUCACGUACGGUAUGAGCGGUCCGGAGAAGAAAGAGCCAGGUCAUCGGUACGACCACCUCCUCUGGAUGGACUCCUGGGAGUUCUGAUUAGCUAGAUGGGUGCCACGUCACAGGUUCCUGUGCCGCUAUUGGCUGGACGGGUGCCGCGUCACAGGUUCUCGUACCGCCAUUGGCUGGUUGAGUAUAUGAUGAUAUAGAUCUGACGACUCUUCACAACGGGCUCAGGUCUCGUGAAACUAGGAACAACGAUUAUUUUCUAGCUGUUUUGUUUGAACUGUUUUCAAUGGAGCCAAUGAUCUGAAACGAAAAAUUGGUGGACCACUUUACUUGUUAUUUUUUCUUUACAACAGAUCACUAUGGAUUCAACUGAAGAUGGUUGACUGUUAAAUGUGUGUUUCUAUGCUGCGUGCUGUUAGAUCUGAUGAUGAAACGUAUGGCUGCAGAUCUGUGCCGUUAAUUGAAGGAUGACACAUGUUUCAUACUGCUCGAAAUGUUCCGGGACGUGUUUUGAUUUAUUCACCUUUAUUUUCCCAGUUGUUAUUGCUCAGACCGACGUAUGGUUACAUGCAUUGCAGCUGUGAUUUUGUACCUAUUUGUAUAAAAUGACUCUCAAAAUAAAGGUGAUGGCAGGGA